UUUGCUUCAUCCCAGGCGCGUCUGCUCCCCCUAGAUCAUCAGCCACGGGUCCAGGAUGUCUUUGGGGCCAGGAGACAAGAGAAUCAGCCCCUGCCUGGCACAGGGAUAAACCAGAGGCUCAGCAAGAAGAGGUGGCAGAGACCUGAGUGGACGCCUUCCCACAGAGGAAAAGAGGGGACCAUUGUGGCUUCUGGCAGGGCCAGGGACUCAGCGCCCAGGAAAGGAUGUGGUAGCAGCGCAAAGACCCCCUUGGCUGUUUCUCUGAUCUCUCCUCCGUGUGGUGAAGGGAAAAGACCAGCCAUGCAGCCAGCUCAGGGUCGGGUGUCCUUCGAAGAGGUGGCUGUGCAUUUCUCCAAGGGGGAGUGGAGCCUGCUGAGCCCGGCCCAGAGAGCCCUGUACAAGGAAGUCAUGCUGGAGAAUUUUGGGACCGUGGCCUCUCUGGGACCUGAGAUUGCCAAACCUGACCUCAUUUCCAGGCUGGAAGGAGAAGAAGAGCCGUUUCUCCUGAUUGCUGAUGCCGAAGAAGGAUUGGCAGGAGGCAUGUGGGGGUCAGCGAAUGAAACAUCAGAGCAUCCAGAAAUGGAUAAAGGCAAUACAUAUUCAGAUGGGAAAGGGAAGGUUAAAUAUUGUGAUACCCUGAGGAAGGAGGAGAGAAAACAUCCAUCUAAAAGAAGGAGUACUUCUGGAGAAGUCAAUAGAAAUGAGAGCACAGGAAGUAGGGAAAUGUAUUCUAAAAAUUCAGAUGUUAACAUGGAUUGGAAAACCUAUAAUAGAAAGAAAAAAAAUAACUAUCUGGAAUGGAGAAAAGGUUUCAGUGAUAGUGGAAGCCUUAAUUUCCAUCAAAGUACUCGCACAGGGGAGAAACCAUACAAAUGCCUGGAGCGUGGGAAAAGCUUCAGUCAGAGUGGAAAUCUUACUGUCCAUCAAAGAAUUCAUACAGGUGAGAAAUCAUAUCAAUGCUUGGAAUGUGGAAAAGCCUUCAGUGAUAGCAGAACCCUUACUUGUCAUCAAAGAAUUCACUCUGGGGAGAAACCAUAUAAAUGCCUAGAGUGUGGAAAAAGCUUCAGUCAGAGUGGAAACCUUACUGUUCAUCAAAGAAUUCAUACAGGUGAGAAAUCAUAUAAAUGCUUGGAAUGUGGAAAAGCCUUCAGUGAUAGCAGAACCCUUACUUGUCAUCAGAGAAUUCACACAGGGGAGAAACCAUAUAAAUGCCUAGUGUGUGGAAAAAGCUUCAGUGAUAGAAGAAACUUUAAUCGCCAUCAAAGUAUUCACAUAGGGGAGAAACCUUAUAAAUGCUUUGAGUGUGGAAAAAGCUUCCGUCAGAGUGGAAACCUUACUGUCCAUCAAAGAAUUCAUUCAAGUGAGAAAUCAUAUAAAUGCUUGGAAUGUGAAAAAGCCUUCAGCGAUAGCAGAAGCCUUGCUUGUCAUCAAAUAAUUCACUCUGGGGAGAAACCUUAUAAAUGCCUAGAGUGUGGAAAAAGCUUCAGUAUAAGAGGAAACCUUACUUCCCAUAGAAGAAUUCACACAGGGGAGAAACCAUAUCAAUGCCCAGAGUGUGAAAAAAGCUUCAGCCAACAUGGAAGCCUUACACUCCAUCAAAGAAUUCACACAGGGGAGAAACCUUAUAAAUGCUUGGAGUGUGGGAAAAGCUUUGGUUGGAGGCAAAGCCUUAGUUGCCAUCAAAGUAUUCACACAGGGGAGAAACCAUAUAAAUGUCUGGAGUGUGGGAAAAGCAUCAGUGAUAGUAGAAGCCUUAAGCUCCAUCACAGAAUUCACACAGGGGAGAAACCUUAUAAAUGCUUGGAGUGUGAGAGAAGCUUCAGUUGGAGGCAAAGCCUUACACUCCAUCAAAGAAUUCACACAGGGGAGAAACCAUAUAAAUGUCUGGAGUGUGGGAAAAGCUUCAGUGAUCAUGGAAGCCUUAAUCUCCACCACAGAAUUCACACAGGGGAAAAACCCUAUAAAUGUUUGGAGUGUGGGAAGUGCUUCAGUUGGAGGCAAAGCCUUACUUGCCAUCAAAGAUUUCACACAGGGGAGAAACCAUAUAAAUGCCUGGAAUGUGGAAAAAACUUCAGCGUGAGAGGAAACCUUACUUCCCAUAGAAGAAUUCACACAGGGGAGAAAUCAUAUAAGUGCCUGGAAUGUGAAAAAAGCUUCAAUGAUAGUGGAAGCCUUAAUCUCCACCACAGAAUUCACACAGGGGAGAAACCUUAUAAAUGCUUGGAGUGUGGGAAAAACUUUGGCUGGAGACGAAGCCUUACUCGCCAUCAAAGAUUUCACAUGGGAGAAACCAUAUAAAUGGCAUUUUACUCAGAUAGGAGGGAAGUAUUGUAGGGAGGGGGUCUCAAAUGCUUCCCUAAUGAGUUAGGGACCAUAGACUUCACCACUGUUGCCUUGCAUAUUAUAUGUUUCUCGAAUAUGUACUCCUGUACUUCAUGUUAUCUAAUGUCAGUCCUUGAACUGACUUUGUUUUGUUUCAGCAAUUCUUCAACUCUGUAUUGGAUCCUUGCUAAUGCUACGUCUUUGUAAAAUCCUAUGACACUGUGGAAAUGUCCUUGACACUGUAUGGAAAUAUCCUUGAUACCGAUUGUAGUGAUCUCACACUAUGUAACCCACCUUGAGUCUCAGUGAGAAAAGUGGACUAUAAAUGAAAUGAAAUUAAAUAAAUAGAAUAAAAAUG